AUGACUGUCAUCGCUGUUGCUGGAGGCGCAGGCAAGCUCGGCCGUGCCAUUGUUGAACUUCUCGUUGAACAGGGUCAGCACAUCGUGGUGGUUCUGGCUCGAGAGGGAGCACAGGUUAUCGCCGUGGACUACGCCGACGCCGGUAAACUUGCUGCGGCGCUUGAGGCGAACAGCGUUGAGACUGUCAUCUCCACCAUCAACUCUUUGGGCGACAUUUCGGCCGAGUUGAGCUUGAUCCAAGCAGCUGAGAAAUCAGCAUCUACCAAACGAUACAUCCCUAGUAUUUGGGGUAUCAAGUACACUGAUGAGAUUGCUUCAUACUUCCCCAUUGCUCAGGCCAAGUUCAACACCAUUGCUGCAUUGGAAGCAACUUCGACCCUCGAGUAUUCUGCUGUUCUCAACGGCUAUUUCGCUGACUACUGGGUAGUCCCAAAAGUCAAGUCUUACCAAGACCCUAUGCCUCUGGUGGUCGACAUGGUGAAAAACUUUGCCGCCAUUCCUGGAUCUGGCAACGAGCUGGUGACUUUUACUCACACCUUUGAUGUCGCACGCUUUGUGGCAGCACUCGUUGGUGCUCCCAAGUGGGAAAAGGAGUCCUAUAUCAUUGGUGACAAGGUCUCGUGGAAUCAAUUCGUGCAGUACGCUCAGGAGGCCAAAGGCGUUAAGUUCACCAUCAAGAACGACUCGGUCGAGGACCUUAAAAACGGAAGAGUCACAGAGCUGCCUUCCCAUUUUGACCUCAACCCUGAGCGUACGCUCAACGAGGCGUUCCCGGAGGUAAAGGCACGAAAGAUUAAGGAUCUUCUCUUAGAGGCUUGGGCACAGUAG